AUCAUCAGCCUGACAAAGAAAGAAUUAUAUCUAAGACAUUUGAUCCAAGUAUUGUCAAUCAGGCAGAAAUGGUGACACCUGAUUAUCUCUGUCGCCCCUUCAAUAGGUGUCCAACUGGUUCACCUCCAUACAAUAGAACCACAAGCACCACCAGCCGAGCAGGUUCUGGAACGAAUAAUUUCGAUACAAGCAUGGUGAUCAUUCUUGCAGCUUUACUAUGUGCAUUAAUCUGCACACUAGGUUUGAACUCAAUAAUACGUUGUGCAUUACGUUGCAGCCGCCGAUUCAGGGUAAGCACACAUAAUAACGAGAACAUUGUUUCACGUCUUCCAGAUAUUGGGCUUAAAAGGCAAGUAUUGUGUCAGAUUCCGGUAACAAUAUAUGGAGGCAAUAAAAAUGUUUUUGUCGCACCAACUGAUUGUCCAAUUUGUUUGGGAGAGUUUAUAGAAGGUGAGAAGUGUAGGAUAUUACCAAAAUGUAAUCAUGGGUUUCACGUGAACUGUAUAGAUACAUGGCUUUUAUCACAUUCUUCUUGCCCAAUUUGCCGGUAUUCCUUGCUCGAGUUGCCGACAGCUCAGCCCCUAUCUGAGGGUUCAGGAAAUACGCCGCUUGCAGACAGAGGAGUGACUGUAAUUAUUGAUGAUGUGAGUUGACGAUUCGAUACGGAAUCGAGUUGUAGAUUACACUUGAAUAGCAAAAUGAAUACCGCAAUCGCUGAAAGACAUAUAUGCGUGCAAUGAAAACGUCUUCUUUUCGUGUAAUGAAGAACGUCCAAUUGUCCACAUUCUUUCGAUGAGCUAUUUGGACCACCUCGACACACAAUUAUCGGACAAACGAAUUGUCAAGAUCUUACGGGGACCCUUCAAAGAAUCAAAUUACUAGAAGAAUAAGCUAUAUAUUCCUUUCUGAUAGAAUAAUCUAUUUUUCUUUAGAAAACAUCAGUCAUAAUUUCAGAUUUGUUGUAAAAUAAUAAUCCUUAUUGAUAAGAAUCUCUACUUUAAUUUCUUGGGAGAAUUUGAGAAAAUGGAAUUCAUGCUCUUUGUUUUUCUUUCUUUCA